AUGGCCGGGAAGGUGGCACUGCUCCUGUGGGCCCAGACCCUUCACCUCGCUGGUGCCCUGACCACCCAGCUCCUGGUGGAGCCCCCCUGGAAGCCGGCGGUGCUGUGGGACCGGGUGACACUGACCUGCCAGGGCUCGGGGACGGCCGGUGCCACCAUCUGGUACAAGGACAGGCAGCGCUGGGGGCCAAAGGGACCAGACCACUUUACUGUCACUGAGAGUGGCACCUACACAUGUGACAGACCCAGAACCGGGCUCAGCCUCUCCAUGACAGUCUUAUAUGACGAGCUGGUCCUUCAGGUGCCGACAAGGGCGCUGCUGGAGGGGGACACAGUGACACUGCGCUGCCGGGGCUGGCGAAACAAUCCGGUCACCAGGGUGUCCUUCUACCAUGAUGGGAAGAAACUGGGGGGGCUCCACGAUGGGACCGAGCUGUCCCUGUCCCCCCUGCAGCUGCGCCACAGCGGCCAGUACCGCUGCAAGGGCCGGGUGUUGUCACUAUGGAGUGAGUCCAAUCUGGUGACAGUGACAGUGCACAGGGUCCCACCCACCAGGGUGUCCGUGUCAGUACAGCCCCCAGGGGGACAGGUGGCACUCGGGGACAGCCUGGUGCUGAGCUGCGCAGUGGCCCCGGGGACAGGUCACCUGUCCUUCUCGUGGCUCAGGGAGGGCUCGGGGGCACUGCUGGGCACCGGCCCUUGCCUGCAUCUGCGCCAUCUUGGAGACAAUGACAGCGGCCAGUACCGGUGCCGGGUCAGUGACGGGGACAACAUGGCCGAGAGUGACCCCCUGAAUAUCACCGUCCUGGUGCCCGUGGCCAAUGCCACCAUCACCCUCAGUCCCCUGUCACACCAGGUGCGUGCAGGUGACAACAUGACCCUGCGCUGCUCGGUGCAGAUGGGCUCAGCCCCUGUCACCUUCACCUGGCUGCACAACGGGCAGGAGGUGGCCCAGGGUCCCCUCCUGGAGCUCAGGGACAUCGAUGUGGGACAUUCGGGCAUCUACCAGUGCGUGGCCACCAACCAGCUGGGACAGGAUGGGCACCGCAUAUUCCGGGCACUCAGCCCAGAGAUGGCCCUGGAGGUGACACCGCGGGACACAGGGACAAACAGGGACACAGGUGUGGCCGCAGGCAUUGGUGGGGCCCUUCUGUUCCUGCUCCUGCUCCUGGGUGUCAUUGUUGCCUGGCACCAGUGGCACCGUGUGGCUGACAGGAAGUACCAGGAAAGGGCCCCUCCAGAUCUCCUAGCCCCCCCAGAGGAGGGGGAGGUGCUGUACACCCACGUCGUGGUCACCAAGAGGGCAGGGGCAUCCUCCCGUGCCACCACCCUCCAGGAUCCCCAGGUGACCUACACGGAGCUGCAGGGACCCCAGGGGCGACCACAGGAACCUGGUGACAUCUACGGGAAUGUGCUGUGA